AUGACCCACUUACCCCCUAAAGUACCUCCACCUCAUUUCCAUGAUACCAAUCACCUUCAGCGAAGUCUAGUCCAGUUGCGCUCCAAGUCGAAUGGUCUUGAGAAGUAUAUCUUCCUCAGCUCGCUGAAAGAGCGCGACCCGCACCUUUUCUAUGAAAUUCUUUUGGCCAAUAUGCUUGAACUGGUUCCUAUCCUGUACACGCCUACCGUGGGAGAUGCCUGUUCGAAUUACUCUCAUAUAUGGAGGCGACCAGAGGGUUUAUACGUUUCCAUCGAGCAUAAGGGGUACAUACGCCAUGUUCUCAGCGGCUGGCCAGCUGCCCAUAACGCUCGUAUCUCCGUUGUUACAGAUGGUUCAAGAAUCUUGGGGCUCGGUGACCUCGGUGCCAACGGUCUGCCUAUUAGCAUUGGGAAAUUAGACCUUUAUAUUGCUGGAGCCGGGAUUAGACCCCAGUCAACUGUACCCAUUUGUCUUGACCUCGGGACAAACACGCAGAGGUUCCUGGAUGAUCCCCUCUACAUUGGGGUUCGCAGGAAACGGCCAGUGGGCGUAGAAAUGGACGAAUUCAUGGACGAAUUCAUGGUCGCGAUGCGCGAGGUCUUUCCUGACCUCCUCGUCCAGUUUGAGGACUUUUCUACAGACAACGCAUUCAGAUACCUUGACAAAUUCCGACACAAGUAUCGCUGCUUCAAUGACGAUAUCCAAGGCACGGGUGCGGUGGUACUCUCUGGUUUCAUAAAUGCGGCGCGCCUUGCCUCUGCAGCCUCUGGUCGCCCAUUAAACUCCCACAAAAUCCUAUUCUUUGGCGCUGGUUCUGCAGGUAUCGGUGUCGCCAAACAACUCAUAUCGUUCUUCACCCUCCUGGGGAUGAGCGAAGAAGAAGCAAAGGGACACAUAUAUACGGUCGACUCUAAAGGACUCAUCACCGCCGACCGAAAGGGGCUACAGGAACACAAAAAGUUCUUCGCCAGGACAGACUAUCGUGGCCCGCCAUUAACGAAGCUCACCGAGAUUAUUGAGUACGUCAAGCCGACGGCCUUGUUGGGGUUGAGCACCAUGAGGAAUGCCUUUACUGAAGACGUCGCCAAAUUAAUGGCAUCCCUCAACACGCGUCCCAUCAUAUUCCCUCUCUCUAAUCCCGUAUCGCUAUCCGAGCUUGACUUUGACGACGCCGUGAAAUGGACUGGUGGUAAAGUCGUGUUCGCUUCUGGAUCACCGUACCCGUCAGUGGUGCACAACAACGUCGCUCUAGAAGCUGGUCAGGGCAACAACAUGUACAUUUUCCCCGGCAUCGGGCUUGGGUCCAUCUUGUCGAAAGCGAAACGCAUUUCCGAUAGCAUGGUCACUCAAGCAUCGAUAGCUCUGAGCGAGUCCUUGAAUGAAGACGAAGUCCGCAGCGGGUUGAUCUACCCUCGCCUAGACAGGAUCAGGACCAUCAGCUCCAAGAUUGCUGCAGCAGUGAUCAGACAAGCGCAGAAAGAGAACUUGGACGGACAUCUUUUGCUUCGGGGUUUGUCAGAUGACUCCUUGCUCGAGUAUAUUCAGGGCAAGAUGUGGCAACCUCCAUCUAGCUUCACCUCAUCUAGGAUGUAA